AUGGGACACACCUCUGCUCCGCCGCAUCCCAGAGUCGACGACAGCCACUCCGGAACCCUUGACUUGCCCAUCGCCGUGAUACUGUACCCGGGCAUCACGCCCUCCUCUCAGGCGUCCAUACCUGAGAAAUACCGUGCCGAGCCGCGCUUGCGCCCUGCCCAACUUAAUCCCUUCCUCGAGCUUCCCCGCAAUCGCGUUUCUCAUUCCCGGACGAUGCCAGCCUUCGCCAUCAUUCCGCCAGGGGGAAGGCAGUAG